GGCAGGUUUUGACCGUUUUCUGUGAUUCUAAUCAUUCUUCUUUGAAAAUCUGACGGUAAUUCCUACCACAGUAGGCUAGUGGAGGUUGUAAAUGAGUUAUAGCUUUGAUUAUAAGGUUAUUCUGAGUCAUUUUAAUAGCCAAAGGCGCUGUUAUGUUUCUUAAAUUCAAUGAAUUUGACAAUUUUUAUGAAAGUUGAAACACCGUUAACACGCUUGUUGAUAUAAUCAGAAAAUAGUUUAACCGUCAUAUCACCAUAAAAUAUGUUAAUACGUUGAUUAAAUCUGGUUCAAGUGUGCAUCUUGUUUUCGAAAUCGAUAUUUUUUGCAGAAAAUCUGAAACACGGGAUUUUAAGUAUAACACAUCUGAUCAGACUUUUGUGUGUGUAUAUAUAUAUAGUACAAUUUAAUAUUAAAUAUUUAUGUUAUAAUGUAAUAUUAUACUAUAUACACAAGUUUGCUCAGAUUGUGUCAAAACCCUGUGAUCUGUAAGAUUUAAGCACUGCAAUAUAAUCUACCAUCCAGGAUCACAACUACUUCUUUAAUCUUCCAGGCAACACUUGGUUUGGCUGUGCUAUUUUGAAUUGUGGGAUGUAAUUCAAUCCUGGAAAUUCUCUCAAAACUUUGUCUGGGCAUAUUAGUGCCGUACCCACCUUGACUUUAAAACUUGGAUAUCCUUUUAAUUCUUACAUGUUAACAGCAUACUAACAACUCAACUUAAUAAUAAACGGGAUGAUGUCAGCUUUUCCAUCAUAAACUUCCCAUAUUGAUGUAGUAAUAUUCCAUUAUCACCUGCAUAUGGUUUCUAUAUUUCUCAACUGAUUCGACAUGCAAAAGCUUGUUCUGUGUAUGAUCAGUUUUUAAAUCGAAGCAGGCUACUGACAAACAACUUGGUGUUACAGGGGUUUCAAAAGUCUUGUUUAAAGUCAGCAUUUCACAAAUUCUAUGGUCAUUGUAAUGAGACUAGUUUGCCAAUACAACCUGCCAUUGGGUCAAAUGCUGUCUGAUGUGUUUCAUACCAAUAUGUUAGACCAUUCUGUACACACUGAUACUGACUACGGAUUACUCCGUUUACCUGAGCAAGAUACAUGUAUAUGGCUCACGGCAGGUGUGACCAGUCGACAGGGGAUGCUAAUCCUCCUAGGCACCUGAUCCCACCUUUGGUGUGUCCAAGGGUUCGUGUUUGCCAAACUCUUUAAUUUUGUAUUCCUAAUAGGAGUAUUGAGAUUGAUCACUGUUUGUCAUUUAAAUCAGUGCUCCAAGUUGCAAGUAAAACAGUAGGAUUUGUGAUUGGAACAUUUGUUUUAUUACCAGAGAGUAAAUUUAAAGUUACUCAUAUUUUUGCAACUGAGAAAAUUGAUCUGAAGAUCCUCUAAUUUGCAACAUUGAGAUCCAUUGUUGAAUUACAUAUUUAAUCAUUUUAACAUUGCAGAGUAUUGAGGGCUAGGAAAUUUUGCUUUUAAAUUUUCAUCUAAAAUGUCAAAAAUACUGAAAGAAUCAAAAGAUAGUACUUUUAAAACAACAAAGACAAUGAAUCGAAUAUGCAUGCAGUUCAUGUUUGUCUAUUGAAAAGCUGGUAUGGGAUUGCCUCUGGGAUCAUGUGAUAAGGGUGUGACCUCUGUUACCGAGAAUAGAUAUUUUGUUUGAACGUUUCUCAACAAUAGUUUUAACCGAAGACGGAACGUAUUAUGGUAUGGCGUCAUCUGUCUGUCCGGACCUUGCGGGCAGGAUAGAGACUGAACUGUAAGCGCCAGGAUUUUACAACUUGGUACAUUUGAUUACCAUGUUGAGAAAAAGAUGUCUUUUGUUUUUCAAAGAUCAAAGGUCAAAGUCAUAGUAUCACUUAGUAGGAAAACCUUGUAGGCAGGAUACAGACUGAACCGUAAGCUCCAUGAUAACAACUUGGUGUAUUUGAUCACCAUGAUGAGAGGAAGAUGCUUAUUGUUUUUCAAGGUCAGAAGUUAAAGGUCAUGGUAUUACUUAGUAGGAAAACCUUGUAGGCAGGAUACAGACAAAACCAUAUGUUCAAGAAUAUUGCAACUUGGUACAUUUGAUCACCUAUUGUUUUUCAAGAUGAAAUGUCAAGGCUGCAGUAUCACUUAGUAGGAAAAUCUUGGUGGCAGUGUACUAACCGUAAUCUUGGGGCUAGAAUUGUCAAACUUGGUACACAUACACCUUAUGCCAAAUGGAGGAUGCCUAUUGUUUCUCAAGAUCAAAGAUCAAUGUUGAAGUACCAAGAUACAGACAGAACCGUUGGGGCUAGGACUAUCAAACUUGGUACACAUACACCUAAUGCCAAGUGAAAAUAUUGCAUAGAGACUACUUGAUUUGUCUGUUUUUACAAUGCAAAGAAAGUAUGUCAAAUCUGAUAUUACUUGAAGCCAAGUUCAACAAUUCAUGGUGUAAGAAAAACACAUUAUAUUAGAUGUUCAUGGGCAUAUUAUGUACCGUUGGCUUGUUAAAUUAGAUCAGAAUUAGGUUUUGCUGUUCUGAUCAGUCAAAGGAAGUCACCAGUCCAUAAAGAAAUAUGUUCACUUACAAUCUAAUCUAACUUAAUUCUGACUGUAAUUUUGAACUACAUGCUUAAUGGAAAUGUUUGUAUAUGUGAUAAUUUUUUGUGAAGCAGGUGAGCUAUACAAUACAAAUUUUGAUAUGAACAACUUCACAUAUAUGUAUAUUUUCUUCCUAAUGGCCAAAAUUCAUUGUUGUUCCCAGCUGUCUUGAAUCAAAAAGUAUGGCCUACAUUUCUCAGUCACAAGUGAGUAGAAAUAAUUUACAUAUUCAUUAUCAUAUCUCAGUGUUGCAUUACAUAUAAAUGAAAAUUUAUUUAAUUGACGGAUGUGAUUCAUGAUUUCUGAUAAGAACACUAAAGUCUUGUCUGAAUAUAUUGACAAUUUUUACUCAAUAAUAGGACUCGGCUUGCAGAAUUAAUUUUCCUUUUUGCUUCACAGUAUUUCAGCAUAGAAAUCACUGAAUUUCAGAGAAAUCUGUUUGAAAUUCAGGGUGAGAAAUGACACACUAUAUUAUGUUAAAUGUACUAGAGAACAUUUAGCAGUUCAUUUAUCUAAAAACAAUUAAGGAAGAAUAACACACCAGAGAAAUCCGAUGUGGAAAAUGGAGGAUAUAUACAAUAAUAUUUGGAACUUGAAAACUUUCAGAUUUACCUUAUUAAUAAAAGUUUAUAUAAAAAAAAAACCCACUGCGCUACCCAGCUAGGCAGUCACAUUUAAAAGUAAUACAAAAGUAUUGCUGAUAUUUAUAUCUUCAUUCAUGUUUCAAAAGGAAGUCAGACAUUUUGACAAUGUGUUAUACCUCCUUAACUUUCAAGAACUUUCUGGUUUCUGAUAAAGGUAUCUCAGGAUAGACAUUAACUUUUCGUCUCGCUUACCCUUCGGGCAAGUAAACUCGUAAGUUAUCUGAAUGAAAAAAUUAGUUGUCCGAAAUAUUUUUGACUCUAAGUAGCCUAUCAACCAGUAAUUUUGAUUAUCUUGAUUAUUAGUCCCCAACCGACGAAGUCGAGGGACUUUAGAUUUGCCGUCCAUCCGUCUGUCCAGUUUUCCGCACUUUUUUCUCUGUUCUUGCAGAUAUUUAUUUCAUAUUUGGUAUGUCGCUUUGCCAUAACAAGUUACAGAUCAAGUUCGAAUUUCAUCUUGGUCUGUUGAUUUUUCACUUGAAUAGUUAUGGCCUUUGGACUUAGUAAAAUAGCAUGAAUAAUCAUUUUUUUUAGACUUUUUUGGUUGCAGAUAUUCAUUUGAUAUUUAAUACAUUGCUUUGUCAUAACAAGUUGCAGAUUAAUUUCGAAUUUCAUCUUGGUCCCUUGAUUUUCCAUUAAGUUAUGGCCCUUGGACGUAGAAAAAUACAUGUAGCAUGAAUUGUUAGUUUACAUCCAAGUUUCUUUUCUCUGUAGAUAAGAACUAAGAAUACUAUACUCAUUAAAAUUUCUAGCAUAGUAAUACAACAAUAUAGCUAAAUUAUUGAAUAAUCAUCUACAUGUCACAGUUUAUUGACUGGGUUAAAGACCUAAACCUAAUUAUAAAUUUGUCUUUUUUCUUGGUCUAAUCUCUACUCGAAUAGUAGUUGAUUUCCAACCAUUCCUAUCCUGGUUCCCCAAUUUUCCCUUUUACCAUGAUCUACAUAAUGAACUUUGAAUAAUGUUGUGGUACAGUAAUUUUUGCAACCGGUAGGGGACUUAUAUGUAUUGCCAUGCAAUCCUCUCAGAAUGCUUGUCUCUCUAAAUGGCAAUACAGUACGAUCUACGAGAAAGCUUUUGCUAUAAUCUGACGAUUCGGUAAAGAAAACAGUUGGACUUAACUUUCUAAUAUUUGAUAUUCAUCAAGCUUAACACAAUUAUUAUAAUAAUCACAUUUCCUACAGAAAAAAUCACUUGCCCCAUUGGGCAAGUGUGUAUUGAGUUUCAUUUGUCUGAACUGGGUUUUCACUUGCCUUUGACAAUCGGAAAACCGUUAAUGUUGAUCCCUGCAUCUCCAGACGAGAGAGCACCCACCUCUUCACCAUAUGAAAUUGUUACAUUCAACACGGGAACAUGGAUAUCACUGACACCCAAGAAGACCUUCUUCAACGUCAUAAGCAAGAGAAGAAAGAACUACUAAGCCAGAUCACAAAACUCAAACACAGCAUUUCCAAGGGGGACAAGAAAGGGAAGAAAGCUGUCCAGGAGCAGAUUAGUCAGCUGGAGAAAGAUCUACAGGAAAGACAUGACAGAGAGGUUAGGGAGGCCGAGGAACAGCAGGCCUCACUAAAAAUAGAAUCAGACAACAAGGAACAGACAACAGGGUUAGACAACAAGAUCUCUGGAAUGGUGGAGGACUUAAACCUCGAAAAUUCAGACCAAGAGACAUCUCACCAAGAGUCUAAGAAAAUCUCCAAGGCCCAGAAGCGACGGAACAAAAAGGCUGAAGCUGACAAGAAGAGACAGGAAGAAAUCGCACAGCAGGAAAUAGAAAAUGAAACUGGUGCCAGAAACAUGGAGUUUCAAAAGCUGCGAGACUUGCUAAAAGAGCAGGAGUUACAGAUCUUUGAAAUCACAUCUGAUGGGAACUGCAUGUACAAUGCGAUUGCACACCAGGUCAACAAAGUCGGACGACAGACAGACUGUAAACAACUCAGACAACAGGCCGCCAACUACAUGAGGGAAAAUGCUGAAGACUUCCUGCCAUUUUUAACAACAGAGAGUGGGGACAUUUUCACUGACUCUGAUUUUGAUAAAUAUUGUUGUGAUUUAGAAACUACUACAGUGUGGGGAGGCCAUCUAGAAAUCAAAGCCCUGUCACAUGUUCUCAAUCAACCAAUCAGAGUGCUGCAGAGUGAUGGUCCAAUGGUAACUCAAGGGGAAGAUUGCCAUGGUGAUCCUGUGACACUUGUAUAUCACAGACAUGCUUUUGGUCUUGGAGAGCAUUAUAAUUCUGUUGAAGCCUUACAAGAGUCGGUGGAUACCUAGUCUCAUUACAGUACCUCAAACAUACUUCUCCAUAGCAACACAUAAAAUGGUGAGCAACACAAGAUCCAGGUGGAUAUCAUUCAAAUAUAUGUGACCCACAGAAUGCAUAGCCUCACUGCAAGACAAUGAUGCACAAUCAUUAACUAUUAUACAUGUAUUUAUAAAAUCAUUUGAUGUGACAUUAAACCAGUAAUUUGUC